AUGUCGACGACAGGCCACGCGGGUGCGUCACCCCCUUCCAGGGGAUGUCCAGUCCAAACGCCCAUGAAUCACAUACAAGCACGACCUACACCGCGUAGCUCCAACCUUUCUGAGCCAAGCAAUGCGUCUCGAAAGCGGCAAACGCCAGGAAACACCAAGAUGCCUGAAUUUUGUGACCUGACUGGCGAUACACGCACUUGGGAGCUCAUCAGCGAGGAUCACAGUCGCGAGCUGAUAGGACUGCCGCCAAGAGGCAAAUCCUAUAUUGAUCUGAUUGAGGUUGACAAGGUCGACCCAGAUUCUGUGCUUCACGACUCGAGCGUUGAGGUAUCCGCUUCUACUACGGAGCGAGCCCACGAGGCGCCUCCGCUCCGUCGAUCACCCCAUCCACCAGCCCUCCCCAGCACAUGCGUCCAGACUCCAGAAACAGACAAUCGAUCCGGUCUGUUUAAAGAUAUUGACUGGACACCAUCUUUGACCAGGCCCAAAGCACACCCGCCUCAGGAUGGUCUGUACUCGCCCCGACGCAGGUCAAACAGUCGGCGCCGUCCAGAUUUGGAGCCGCAAGAGAGGUUAGCGAAGCGGCCCAGAAAGUCGGCGUCAGCAGGCUGGCCAGACUCAGAUCGCGAGCUGCAUGUCUUCGACUCAAUGGCACUGCUGCAGUGGAAUCGAACAACGCAUGUGGGACUUCAGACAACCCCCUCCCUCCACGAGGACAAAGACAUGUCGAGUCCGCGAGAGUCUGAAAAUAUCGCCAAUCGACAUCCCCCUAACCAAUUGCAUCGACUCUCGUUCUCAUCUAGAUACAACUCCCGCGAAGAGCUUCCAACUCCAAUCAGUCUCGACCAUGGCCCGCCACACCUCCCAAAUCUUGGCAUCAAUGAUACGACUGCAAGCCCCUUGAACCGCGAGUCGGGAAUAUCUGGAUAUCCUGGCCCCACGUCGCUCGAAAGAAGGCACAUAACACGUGCUGCACUUCACUCUUCGAGAGCACAUCCUUCGUCCACUCACCAUAAUCGCCCCAGGAAUGGGCGCCGCCAAACUCGCAUCAUGAAAUCUACACCAAGACCAAAACCGCACAUGUCAAAUUCAAGGACUCCUCCGCCAGGGGCUGAUGUCAAACCGUCAGAGCUUGAGAGCGUGGAUGACCCUGUCGAAUCUAUCGAAUAA